AGAAUUCAUUGACCUUCCGCGUCCGUAAUAAAGGUUUAUUUCUACAUCCCUUGUCUAUCUGUUGUAAACAACUGCAUUUAGUAUACGUUUUGAUAAAGAUGACAUUUAAAGCGUCAUUUAGUAUUUUGUCUAUAUUCAUCUGGACAGUGAUUGAUGCAAGCAAAGUGCUAGUGAUAUCAAUGGAUGGAUUUCGAUGGGACUAUAUUGGAAAGGCAAAAACACCAGUUUUUGACGAAUUUGCCGCCAAAGGGACACGUGCAGUCUACAUCAACCCAACGUUUGUAACGAAGUCUCUACCUUGUCACUAUUCAAUGGCAACAGGUUUAUAUGAAGAAAGCCAUGGAAUUAUCGCGAACUCAAUGUAUGAUCAAGAGUUUGACGAGACGUUCAACUAUAAAACCAUUGAUACAAAAUGGUGGGAUGGCGGCGAGCCUGUGUGGAUAACAGCCGGUAAACAAGGCAAGAAGACGGGAAUAUACUUCUGGCACGGUAGCGAAACGGAGAUUCAAGGUUUAAGACCGGAUUUUUACUAUGCGUAUAACAGAUCAGUUCCAUUCAAGGAGAGAGUUGAUACCGUAGUCCAGUGGUUAUCGAACUCAACCUUUGAUAUUGACUUGGCAAUGUUGUACUUCUACCAGCCUGACCGAACAGGACAUCUUUAUGGGCCGAAUUCAUCAGAAGUCAUUUCUAAGGUAGAGGAAAUGGAUGCCAUUUUGGGAUACCUUGUUCGAGAACUUGAUAAAACUGAAAUGUUGGACAAAAUAAAUAUUAUAGUUACAAGUGACCAUGGUAUGGCAGAGAUUGAUUAUACAAAUAGACGUAUUGACGUUUCAGAUUACAUUGACAUGACCGCAAUACUUCACAUCCCAGCCGCUGGUCCCGUAGCUAAUAUUUUACCCAAGGCAAAUAUGAUAGAAACUGUAUUUCAAAACCUCUCCAGAGCACCACACAUGAAAGUUUAUCGAAAAGAAGAAAUUCCAAACCGGUGGCAUUACAAAAAUCACCGGCGAGUCUUGCCUAUCCUGGCCGUGGCUGACGAGGGAUGGAUGAUUGUAAAGGGUCCGGAAGACUACAAGAAUGAGAAAGGUGCGCAUGGCUAUGACAACGAACUGUCAUCGAUGAAGCCCAUAUUCUAUGCACGUGGUCCUAAUGUCAAAUCUGGAUACGAGGCAUCUCCAUUCAAUUCUGUUGACAUCUACCCUCUGAUGUGUGAGUUACUUGGCAUCGAACCUGCAGCUAACAAUGGGACACUGGAUAUUGUUCAGAAUUUCAUUGUGAAGGAGACAUCAGGUGUUUCUUCUUCGGAGAUUUCUUCUGUAUCGACCAUAACGUUGUGUGUUUUAGUAAGAGUGCUGAUAGAACUAGAAAAGAACUGACCAAUCGGAGAGUCGUAUUUUUAAGUUACUUCCAUGGGGUGUUAGGUGCAAACAUUGCCAAAUAUAGAGACUUCAGCAAUAAAAAACACUAAUAUUAAUGCCCAUUUUUAAACGACGCAUGCCGAAUGUUAUAACAACUGUAAACUUAUUCCUUUUAGUUCGGAGAAUAUGAUCAAUUCAAGUAAACAAUAAUUAUUUUCACCAGCUGAAAACUGUACCUUUUAACAAUGUUGCAUACAUGUUUAAGUUGCAAAUUUAUGAAACAAAAGUCAACACGUAAUGGUGGACAUUGUCGUAACUAUACUUUAAGAGCAUUAUAGCUUUUAGUUUGUCCUCAAAUCGUACGUUUUUGAAAAUGUUCUGUUUUUUGUUUUACAUUCUACUAUCUCAAGAAAUUUUUUUGAAAGACCUUCCGUUGAUUACGGCAGACAAAAUCUCCCUAGCUGGCUCUUAACAUGCGGUCAAGACCCAUUUCGCUGAUUAAAAAAAAAUCCUACGAAUUUUCCAACGCACUACACAAAACCUCCCCGGCUGGUUUUCGAAAGCCAGACAAUCCGAUUUUGCAAUUCCAUACAACUACAACGCUGCUUACUUCCCAGAAGCAUACAUAAUCUCUUCCGCAGAUUUUCUAACUGGAUACAAAACCCCUUCCAUUAAUUCUCCAAAUACGCGCCCUUCCGCUGGUAUUCUGAAAUCAUAUAAAGCCCCGCCCCGGUGGUUUUCCAAAACAUCCGUCCCGUUGAUUUCAAAAGACAUAAAACCUCUCCCGCUGAUUUUGCAAAGACAGACAGUUUUUAAGACAAAAUUUUAACUACCAAGUUUGGUAAAAAAAGUUUCAAUUAUGUUACUCCAGUCUUGUGGAACUCACUGCCAGAUAAAGUUAGGCAAACAUCAAGUUCUAAUCGGUUUAAGAACAUGGUUUCAUUCUGGAACGAUGUGUUGCAUGCAACUCUCUGUAGGGAGUGUUGCAAGUUUGUUUAAACCCUUAUUCAAUAUUUUUAGCCUAUGCAAUUAACCGAUCUGCUGUUUCAGAUUUUGAGUUACUUUAACUUUACAUGUCUUAUGUGCUUCAUUUGUAUUUUUAUUUGUACUUAACUCGUUUGUUUUAUGUGCUGUGCCAUAAUUUGUAAUUUGCUUAAUUGCUUUUAGUCUCAAAAUCUCAUGUGCUGCUUUUAAUGUUUCUUGUAUCUUAACUCAUUUGUCAUUAGCAUGAAUAGUCGCACGUGUCUUAAAGCACCUAUUUCUCUUUGCUGUGUAUCUUGUAUAUUUUAUUUGCUGCUUUUUGUUAAGUUGUGAAUAGUCAGUUAAAAAGCCCGUAUGAGCUUAUAUGUUGUAAUGUUUAAACUCUUGCUGAUAACAAAUAAAGCUUACUUAGUAUACUUACUAACCAGAAAAAAAUCCACCCAGUUUACAUUUCAAAAGCAGAUAAAACCACUAUAAUUGUGAUUUUGUCUACAUAGAUGGACGCAAACAUACACCAUAACAAGAGGAUGUGUCAAACCUAACACUUAGACCUAAAGCUUAAGGGUCAAUAUCCAACUUAGAGGUGAAAAUGUUUUAUGUCAUUUUUUGACGUGUAACAUGUAUUUUUUAUAUAUUAAAUAAAAGGAUAAUCAAAAAUGAA